AGUAAACAGAUCGAGCCAAGUAGGAUUGUAUGACAAUUAUUUUGUGUUUUUUAAAUUAAUUAUGAGGCCUUUUACUGUACAUUGAGAUUUAUUUACCGUGAACAAGAAAGUGUUAUAUUUGGACUCGAUCUGUGAAGAUGGAAAUGUUGACCAUCAAGCCGGGAACUUUCUCCGAUAUGACUUAGAAAUAAAAGUUCACAAAUAACAGUGUACAUACAUACAUACUGUUUCAAACAUCUGUCAAACCAAAAUAUUUUCUGUGCUUAAUUUGCCAGUUUUUUGGCACACUGAGUAGUGAUCUAAUUUUUAAAAAUAUUUCUCAACAAAUUCAACAGGAAAAUGUGAUCCAAGUUUUAGCUAUUUGUGUGUUUAGCGGUUGGAGUUAUUUAAUUUUAAUUUUAUUUUUUAACAUUUUUAUUUUGAUUCUUUUUGAAUUAACAUCAAUGGGAAUCAUAAUUACGAAAUAAUUGUUACAGUUUAAUAACGAUUAUUGAAAUUGGAGUAUUGCGUUAAAGCUUUAUUAAUCACCAUGACAGCAGGAUUUGAAGAUCGGCAGUUUAUAUCCUGUCUAAAGAAACCAGCACCUAUCCGGACAGAAGAGGAUUUAAAUAAUAUCUAUGCGUAUUUACAUGGUAUGGAAGCGUUAUCGACGUUACGUGAAGUAGCCAUCAGGAAUCUGUGUAAAUGUGUUAGAUAUGAACAACAUGAUGCUAAUGAUAUCUUAUACUGUCAAGGAGAGUUGGCUUUGUGUUGGUAUAUAUUAUUAAGUGGUUCAGUAUUUAUAGAGGGUUCCAUGUUUCUACCCAGAAGCAGUUUUGGUAAAAGAAGUCAAGGAUGUGUACGAAGAACUAGUGAGUGUCUUACACUCGAACAUUCCGAGAUGAUAGUCAUUGAUUACCCUGAUAUACAGCAGAUUAAACCGAGUCACCGCCCUUUAUGUACAACCGCUAAUAUAGAUCGUUUACUAGCUGUUGAACCUCAUGAUGAUAUACGUAUGAGAAGGAUGAACUCUGAUAACGUUAUAGAACAGUUACCUCCUGAUUCUGGUGGAAUAUCGCAAUUAGUUUUACGAAAUGAUCAGCCGUUUCAACGCGGCGGUGACCAGUAUUUUAAACGUAGUUCUCGUGCCAGUGAUACCUCAAGUGCUUAUUCUGGAUCCGACAUGAUGCAGUCUUCUAUCGAUGAUCCAGAGAAUGCGGAUAUUGAUUUAUCCGGGUUAAUGGAGAGUAUGGUCGACUCUGACGAAGAAGACGGCAAUGAAUCAGUUGAUUCGUUACCGAUCCGAGAUGCUGUCCGAGAUUGUUUAGAAAAAGAUGCUGUACACAGAACGGAAGAUGAUAUUGAAACUUUACUUGAAUUUAUGCAACAUUUUCGGGCAUUUUCCAACAUGACGUUGGCAACACGUAGAUCUUUAUGUGCUGUAAUGGUUUUUGCGGUGGUUGAGAAGGCGAAUACGAUCGUUAUGAAAGAUGGAGAAGAAUUAGAUUCGUGGUCUGUUAUAUUAAACGGCGAAGUAGAAAUAAAUUAUGUUGAUGCUCCACCUCAACGGCUGCAUAUGGGAGACAGCUUUGGCAUUUCUCCGACAAUGGCUAAAUUAUAUCACCAUGGUGUCAUGCAGACAUUAGUUGACGAUUGUCAGUUUGUCUGUAUAGCUCAAACAGAUUACUAUAGAAUAUUACAUCAGGUAGGUUGUUGA